AGUAAGGAAAAUAUCACUAAUUAGAACUAUGACAGGACUAAAGACACCGGCUGAAUCGAAGAGAGAGAAAAAAAAAAAAAAACAACCAGUGCCCAAGGGUGGACUGCCUGAAGAGCACUCAGCACACACACAAAGGGAAAGUGAUCGCGCAGACUUCAAGAUCCGAUCUAAAACCAAGCAAGCAAGUGGACACGAUGAAAGAGUGAAGAACGAGGUCGAAUACUUGAUUGAUAUUCCAACUCUCCAGGCCGCAUCGGCACCAGAAGAAAGAACCCCACUCCCUUUCUUAUUGUGUCAUUUUUAUGGUCGGCUUGAACGAUACCCUAAUUCGAAAAUGAACCGUCUGCGUCACCUAGAUCCUAGCCAAGAGUCCUAGAC